GGGGGAUUUGCCUAUAUGUAAACCCUGAGGUGUUGGAAUUCAACGCUUGUUUCAACUCUUGGAAGAGUGCUUGCAUUAAAAUCGGGUGCACUCUGUUUUCUCAAAGUUUUUCUUAAUUACUGUCAUUAAAAAAAUAUUUUUAAACUUAUAAGUUUUAUUAAACACCUGCCACUAGCCAAUAUAAUUUUUUAUUACCUUCCAACUUUUUUUAUAUAUCAAAUAAAAUAUUUGCCAUGUUUAGUUUUAUUUUUGAUGUUAAAAAUGAUUCGAGAAAUAAUUCAUAUAAAUUCUUUCUCAACUUUUAUUAUUGGAAUAAUUUUGAUUACUUUACUUGUAGUCCUUGUUUUAAACAAAAGUACACCGGAAAUGAAAGUUUUUAGUCAUAUUUUGCUUCAGACUGCUUUAACUGAUCUUUUUAUGUUGAUUAUUAAUUUAGUGACCCAACCGAUUUUUACUUUCGAUGGUGAUGCUAAUAUUGUUGUACUUAACAGUCCUUUUAAUUCAAAUCUUAUCCCCAAGGAUAUUUUACUUGCAAUUUGGGAUAAUUGUUUGCUAUUUUCUAUAUUUUCACAAGCUGCUCAAUUUAUCUAUAGAUAUUUAUGUCUUAACAGGUUUUUCAACAGAUACAGGAUCAUUGAGAGGAGCCCAAUAGGCAUCAGAAGUCGAUCGGAAUUCCGAUUUCCAACUUCCGAUUUCCGAGUUCCGACUUUUGAGCCAUUUCCGAUUUUUGACAGUUCCGAUUUCCAUCACCUUCAUCAUUUCCGAUCGACCCCUGAUUGGCAUAGACUCACUCCAUAUUAA